ACUCUGUAAAAAUGAUUUAUAAUUUUAAAAACCAAAUAAUUUUAAUACAAUAAAAUUCAGAACAUCGGUUUAUCAGUGUGUAAAAUUUACUGCUCUUUGAAUGGAGUAAUGAGCUCGGCCCCUGUAAGGGGCAUAGUGCCCCAACGUCAAAGGCGCCACCACCGCCAUCAUAUAAAGCACCAGCGACGUUACAAUACUACCCAUAAUAAAAAUGAGACAAAAACACAAUCUAUUAAAAAUAAUUUAGGAAAUAAUGAAUGCACGAAAAAAGAAGAAAUUUAUGGUAAGCGUCCCAAAGUGAAUCCAAUAUUUCUGUGGGCAGCACAACGCGAACAAAGAAUAGUCGAAGUUAGAUGUGAAGAUUAUGAUAAACGAAAUCGUAUAAAAUUAACAAAAACUGCACAGGGAUGGCGUUCAAUACCUCGUACAGUAUUGACCGCAUAUCCUGUCAUGGAAUCUGUCAUAGAAAAUGAAAUCGAACAAAAUUCGGUGACAAUAACUUCAAAAAAUGAAGAGAAAGAAAAUUCAUCUAGGGAUCAGGUUGAGAUAAAACAAAUAAGAGUUGGUGAAGAUACUCGAAUCAAUAAUGAUAGUAAAGUAAAUAAAAAUAAAGAAGAAAGAGAGAGGUAUAAACAAAAAAGAAAAAAUUACACUGAACUUUCAAAAAACAAGAAAGAAAAAAUCAAUUCAGAAGCAGAAGAAUUUUCUAUUAAUGAAACAUUAGUAUCUACAAAUUGGAAAAUGAAAAAACGUAGAAAACUUGAUAAAAAUAAAAAGAGGAAAAAGUUAUAUACAGAAGAGAUUGUCAUGCGUAAAAAUAAAAUCUAUAAUCAAAAUAAAAUAAAAUUUAAGGAAGAAUCUACUAACAAAAAUGAAGAAAUCGAUGAAAUCAGAAAUACUAAGGAAUUUAAUAUAAAAGAGGAUAAAAAGUUUCAAAAAUAUAUUAGUAAUUCUGAAAAAGUUAUGACAUUAGUUGAUAAUCAUAAAAUGUAUAAUGAUUUAGAGAAACUCGAAAAUAAUCGACAUUUUCAGCCACGCGUGGUAUUGGAACAAUUGCAUUUAUCACAACUUCCUAUUAGAAUACAUCGAAGGUUAAUGACCAAGAUUGAAUCUGAAAAGAAUUAUAAGAAAAGCGAAGGAAAUAGUGAAAAUAAUGUUGAUGAAAUUGUAUUAGAUAAUGUAGAAAAUAAUAAUCAAAAUAAUAAUGAAAGUCAAAUUGAUUCAGAAAACGAGGUUAUUCUUAAUGAAGAAGAUUGGUUAGAUAUGCUAAAUAUAUUAAAUUCUGAUGAUAUUCCAAUUAAUGUUAAUAAAAAAAAAAGUUGUUUAAUUGAUAAUAGGAACCUAACUAAAAGUUCAAAAACACUUGAUACAGCUAUAUUGUUAACUAACCAAAUAAACGAUAGUAACAUUAAUUUAUUAUCAAAGGAAUGUGAAAAAAAUCAACAUGAAUUAACAGCAAUAGAAAAAAAAAUUAAAUUUGAACGAAAUAAUAUUAAACAUCGUAUUGGAAGUAAAAGUUUAAACGAAACAAUUCAAAGAUUGGAAAAAUCAAUAAAUAAUCAUAAAAAAAUUAAAAGUGUAUCUGAUAUUUUAAUCACUUCUGAAUAUGGACUUAAUAAACAAAAAUUAAAUAAAAUUAAGUAUACACCUUAUGAUGAUGCUUCUCAUCAGCAAAGUAGAAUAGGUUUCUGUAAUUCUACAUCAAUAUCAUUAAUUGAUAAAAUUCAAGAAAUAAACGCAGAAAAUGACAUACUAGAAAGUUCAAAAAUUUUACGUAUUUUAAAAAAUACACCAGGUUUAUCAGUAUCAUUAGCUGUAAGUGGCAGAAAACAUACUAAUUUUAUAAACACAAUUUCGUCUGGAACCAAAUUUUUGCCUUCUAAUAGAACACCAGAUUCUAAAACUAAUGUUACUGAGGAAAUAAAAUCACUUCCAGGAAUUUCUAUUGUAAUUCCAACCUAUUCAAGUAAAUCAAAACAAAAAUCAUCAAUUUUAAAAAAUAGAGUAGAUUUGCCUAAAAGUACAUUAAACUUUUCAAACAAUGAAAUGUGCCAUUGUGACAUAAAUAAUUGUGAAGAUGAAGAAAAUCAAGAAUACGACUCAGUUAUAGAUAAAAUUGAAAAUCAAAAUAAUUAUAAAAGGCAUAGUAUUAAAUGUACUUAUCGAAGUAAAGAUUUUCAACAUUUUUAUGAUGAUCAAGGUAAAAAUUUUUUAGUAGAUUCAACUAAAGUACCAAAUCUUAAGCCACUUAUUCAGUUAUUUUAUAAAAAUAGUGAAUCACAAACAAAUUAUUCCGAUUUGUAUCAAUAUAAAGAAAUCGAUAAUUUAGAUGAACAAAUUAUUGACGACUUUAAUUCACAAAUUUUACCACAACCUAGUAGAAUACCAUAUUUAAUGACAUCUCCGAGACAGUCUUCAGCAUAUUUAGAAAGACUUCUGCCAAGUCCUCCAUGCUCUGUAAGUUGUUCAGAAGAUGCAAAGAAUGAUUUAUCUUUUAAGGAUAUCCUUUCUUCACCAAAUAUUGAUUCAAGAAAUCAAGUUGAAGAAGAUCAAGUAACUGAUUUGAAUAAUUAUUGUGCUUUUGAAUUAAAUCCAUCUUAUAGUAUUUCUGAUGAUACAUACCUACAAAAAUCUUCCAUAACUGACAAAGUUGUUAUAAAUAAAAAAUCACAAAGACUAAUAACAACAGACAUUGUAAAUCGUUUAGAAAUGAAAAAUCACACAAAUUCAAUAAUAAAUGAUGAUGUGCAAAAUUCUUUUACAAAAGAUUGUAUUUCAUCAAAAUAUCCUUUAUCAGCUGAUUGGACUAUUAACCAAAAUAAAAUCGAUAGUAAUAAUGGAUGUUUACCAAAUAAUUCACGAUAUACAAAUCAAGAUGAAUUUAUAAGCAGAAUGAAACUCCAUGAAAUGUAUGUCAGUCCAAACAUUUUUCUAGAUCCAGCGAGUCAAUUGCGAGAAUUAAUGAAUACUUCGGGACAUUUGAUUCCAGAUCCUCUGUUAGUACCUAGAGAUUAUCUCCCCCUUUUAGCAGGUGCACCUUUGAUUGAAAUUCCAAAACUUCUGAUAACAAGACCUGAAUUGCGAUUGCCAGAGGCUCUAACAAGACCAGAAUUACUGAGAGAUCCUGAUCUUCUUGUUAUUUCUCUUACACAUUUACAACAUGUUCUUGAUUAUGGAGAAAGAUCAAUUGGAAAAGACCAUCAGUCAAAUCAAAGAUUAAUUAAUACAAUAAAUCAAAUUGCAAGUGUUCAAAAAGUAUCAGAAAGCAAAUGUGAGCAGCAAAGACCAAAACUUAUUUGUAAGCCCAUAGGUAAACUAAUGCCUAGACCAGUGGAUCUUUCAAAUAAUCAAAACUUAAAUUCUUAUCCGUCAUUAUUGAGGAUACGAAGUGGUUUAUUAAAGCAAGAAUCUGAAGUAUCCUCUACUGCAAAUUCUCCAGAUGAGUCACGAUUAUGGCAUCCGUUAUUUGGCAACCAAAAACAACGGCAACACCAAUAUCCAGGACAGAAACUUAAGCAACAUCAACAGCAAGUAUCUUGGCACAGAACAUUAGCUUCCUGACUAUCGUGAUUCCAAGUCAUUCCUUUUUUCCUUUUUACAUCAAGCAAUUCGUAAAAAGAGGUGAUUGCAGUGUCCUUACAACUAAAGCAGUAAAUUAAAAAAUUUCAUUAAACAGGAAUUGAAGCUUAUGAAGGGGUCAUUGGUCAGAACAGAAUCAUUGACUAACAAACUCUGUAGCUUACUUUGGCAGAUAACUGAAGUCAAGCUACUGGAAAAGAAGUGUCAAUAAUCAUUGGGAAUAGAGUCAAAUAAAUUGCGGAAAUAGUGAAUUAUAAAAGAACAGACACAUGUUUUUUUAACAAUUUUCAUUGAAAAAAAGAGAGAAAAUUAAAGCAGAUGCUUGCAAUUGAUACAAAUCCAUUACGUGAAAAGAAAUCGUUUGAUUAAUGGUCAGGCUUUGAAAAUUG